AUGGGCUUCUUCGACUUCGACAACGGGUCCGUCCUCUCCCACAAGUCAUCCCACUCGCGCCGGCACUCCUCGCACCACAAAUCCUCCAAGUCCAAGCACCGCUCGCGCUCCAACUCGUCCUCCCACUCAAAGAGCAACAAGCGGCACAGCGCCCCCAGCAUCGUCGGGUCCAUCUUCGGCGGCGGCGACGACCACUACAGGAAGCACAACUCGUCCCGCUCCGGCUUCUUCGGCAUCCCGAACGCCUCCCGCUCCUCGUCGGGCUUCUUCGGCUUCGGAGGCCGCUCCCCGUCCUACUACAAGCGCUCCCCGCGCUCCGGCUUCCUCCACAAGACCAUGAAGCAAGUCAAGCGCCUCUGGCGCGACCUCGUCUACUACGCCAAGAAGCACCCCUACAAGGUCCUCGCCCUCGUCAUCAUGCCCCUCAUCACCGGCGGCUUCCUGACCGCCCUCCUCGCGCGCUUCGGCCUGCGCCUGCCGCCCGGCAUCGAGCGCAUGAUCGGCAUCGGCGCGAAAGCCGCCCAGGGCGACUCCGUCGGCCUCGUCGGCGAGGCCAUGCGCAUGGCCACCACCGGCCUCGGCGCCGGCGCGCGCGGUGGGAGCGUGCACGUCGAGCGCGGCUACGACGGCGGCAUGUCGUGGGAGCGUAGGAGCGUCGAGAGGGAGGGCGGGUGGAGCGAUGGGAUUGUGAAUGGCAUUGCCAAGAUGUUUGUGUAG